AUGUCCAUCCAAGAGAAUGGUGUUUUGAGUAGUACAUUCAGGGAGUCAGACACUACCUCUUCAAAUAUGUUAAAUGGUAUAAUACAAAAUAAAGAAUCAAGGAUAUCUCCUACUUUGAUAUCCUCAUCAGUAUCAACACAACCAUAUCUUCUAAAGAGUGCCAUGAAACGACGACAUAAGAAAAACUAUAAAAGUGGGGGUAUAAUCAAUCAAAGAAGGAGAAGAUUAAGAAGACAAGAUGGUAAUUAUCGUAAUGAUUAUAACUAUAUAUGGUCUGAUGAUACUGUAAUUGCUUCCUCUCCAUUGUUGAACUCGACACCCCCAAUCGUUUCUAGACGAUUAUUGAAACUUUAUCCAUAUUUAAUUAUAUUAGACAGAGUUUUAGGCAUUCUAAUAUGGAAUAAUAAAGAAUUUUAUUGGGUUAAUUAUUCAUUAGUAAUAAUAUUUUUUCUUUUAGUACAGUAUUUUCACCUGAUUAUGAAAUACAUGGGUCAUAUCCUUUUGUUUUUAUUGUUGUUGCUGUAUUCAUUGCUUGAUAAGUAUGUUAAUUCGAUAGUCUCCACAUAUCCAACACUGGAUGAUAUUAUUCUCAUAAUGGGAACUUUGUCUCAGAAAGCAGAUUUAAUACAAACACCUAUUACUAUCCUAAAUAAACAAGACAUUAUGAGAUUGUGGUUUACAAUUAUGUUUUUUACACCAUGUUAUAUUGUUUUAGCGACGUUUAUUAUUUCUCCAAGACAUAUUUUUUUAAUAGUAGGAUUAUACAUUUUAACAUACUAUUCACCAUCUUGUAGAUGGGUUAGAAAAUACUUAUGGAAGUUUAGAUUAAUUAGGCUUGCUUUGUUUUAUUUAACUGGAUUGGAUUUUGGUGGAUUGACAAAUAAAGAUAAGAAUGCCUUCAGAAAAGCUAUAGAGACCGUAGCUAUGAUGUCUAGUUGUAAUAAUAGUGAUGAUAAAACAAACGAUAAAACAAAUUCAGGAGGUGUUAAAUACACUUUCGUAUUGUUUGAAAACCAGAGAAAAUGGAUUGGGGUUGGUUGGACAGCCAGUAUGUUGAGCUAUGAAAGAGAUUGUUGGACUGAUGAACAUCUGAAUCCAACCUCUGAUUUGGCUAAUUUUAAACUUCCACAAGAUGAUUCUGAUGAAAAUCAGUGGAGGUGGGUAGAUAAUUACUGGCAAUUGGAUAAAACUAAUAAUGGUGCGAUUCAGUUAUCAAGUAAGGAACCUACUUUAACUUCAAAUCCAGCAGAUGAUGAAGGUUUCAUUUAUUAUGAUAAUACGUGGAAGAAUCCAUCUUUGGAGGACACUUUUACCAAGUUUACAAGACGAAGGCGUUGGGUCCGAAUAGCAGAGUUUAUUAACAAUAAAUAUCUUGAAGCUGGUAAUAAUCAAGAAGAUAAUACAUCAUCUGUUAAGGCUGAUUUAGAUUCAAUAAACUCAUCUUCAUCAGUAAGUUCAUUUUCAAUAAACCACGAAAAUUCAAUCAAUAAUGAGAAUUUUCCUUUAAAACCAAGAAAGGUUGGUUUCAGUGAAAACAAUAAUAUCCAUAUAUUACCGUUAGAUGGGUAUAUUAACGAGGAUGAUAUGUAG